GGUAGGAGCUUUUCUCAUAUAGCCCGGCAAGUGCGGAUUGUUCUGUUUGCGGUGAGGAUUCGUAACUCAGAAAUUGAAAACUUGGUGCUGGCGGAGUCACUCGGAAUUGGGCUUGGUAGCUGAACAAUGCUCGUAAGGGUUCACAGUACAGUCUCCACUUCAAGUCUUCGUUUCUCGACUUUUACCUAAGAUUGUGGGCGUCCGAGCCAUUUAGCUUGCGAGUAUUUGCUUGCCGUGACGUUGCUUCGUCUGGUGAAGUCUGAAAUCUGCUUUCGUCCGCACAACAGCUGCUAGUGUCCGUGAUUUCACCCAUUGCUUGAGUCCACUGAUUUGCAAUGUUUUGGUAAGAGAUUCUUUCUUGUGUGAGAAAUUUUAGAUACAAUUUGAAACAGCACUAGUUACAAUGCAGCUCCUUUCAUCCUACCUUAGUGCUGCAGCUCCUCUUCGACAUAUCCCGGUGGGUUCAAUCUCUCCCAGCUCCUUGACCCAAUUCCGAACAGCUGGGGGACGAUCAUGUGGUAUUAAGCUUUUCUCCUCAAGAUGGAGACGUGACUUUGCGGGAAGGAAGAGACUCUAUGCGCAGUCUCAGGAAGGUGUAGACCGCGAGACACUCAAUUUAACCGACCUACGCAACUUACAAUCAUCUUCACGUACUCCAGAGCCCGAGCCCCUUCCAUACUAUGCUGGCGUAUCCGAAGAAGAAAUCCGGGAGGCUCUGUUGUUCGAACAAGGAGAUGGUGACAAAGGUCCUCGAUUGGAAGAAGCAGCUCGGGCGGAAGACAGCGACGCGGUUGCAGCAGCACAAGUAUAUGAAAGAACCUUACCCAUCCCCAUCAACAGAGGCAAUGGGGAAACCAUAGUCAGCAUGCUCACCGUCUUCGGGGGGCUGCUUGAUAGACCAUUUGGGAGCGGGGCCAUGGUAGCAGGUGCAGGCAGCGCUGUGAUUGAAAGAGCACAAAUUGAGAUUGAGAAACUCAAGGCGGACGACAAAGUUAAUGAGCAACUUCUUUUUGAAGUUAUUCGUGUCAUUCGGUUGCUGGAUAUGGACAUGAAGCUUAUCAGUGCAGCUCAGAAGGAGUCGACGUUACUGGAACGGCUUGAUUCAGCUAGGAAGCAUUGCCAAGAAGCUAUCCAACUCGCUAACAUAUUAUAGGUAGUUAUAGAUCUUGAUAAUUCUUCAGCUGCAGUACUCAUAAUCACCUACAGCCUCAUCUUUUGUCAUGAUCUACUGUAGUGUUUAUUACACCUCCUACCUUGGACAUGGUGCACAUCAAACCCGUUUCAUAAAUCCAUACAAGUUCUCAUCUUCUUCAUAAAA